GAAUUGCAGCUGCAGCUAGAGCUCCCAAGGGAAGAAGUCUCUUGCUUUCGCCAUGGCGACAUCGAGGUCUUCGACCAGGUUCACUCUUCUCCUGGUUACCUCCAUGAUUACCUUCUCUGCAGCCUUCGAGGAUGAUGUGAAGUGUCUUAAAGGUGUCAAGAACUCCCUCAACGAUCCUGACGGGAAGCUUGGCACUUGGAACUUCUCCAACACUACAGUCGGCUAUAUCUGCAAGUUCGUCGGUGCUACAUGCUGGAACGAGAAGGAGAAUCGCCUUAUCGGUCUGACUCUUCCUACGAUGAAGCUCGGAGGAGGAAUCCCUUCUUCUUUGCAGUACUGCCAGAGCCUCCAGAAUCUCGAUCUCUCUGAUAACUCUCUUUCUGGUACGAUCCCUUCUGAAAUCUGCACCUGGUUGCCUUUCCUCGUAACCCUAGAUCUCUCCCAGAACGAUCUCUCGGGUCCUAUACCUUCCGAGCUUGUCAAAUGCAAGUAUCUCAACAGCCUUAUCCUCAGCGAUAACCACCUCUCUGGUUCCAUCCCUUACGAGCUCUCGGGUCUCAAUCGUCUCAAGAAGUUCUCGGUUGCCAAUAACCAUCUCUCCGGCUCGAUCCCCUCCUUCUUGUCCAAUUACGACUCAGCAGACUUCGAUGGCAACAGCAGACUCUGCGGCAGCCCUCUCAAAUCUAAGUGCGGUGCUUUGAGUCGGAAGAACCUCAUAAUCAUCAUAGCUGCUGGUAUUCUUGGUGCCUUCGUGUCACUGCUGUUAGGUCUCGCACUCUGGUGGUGGUGCUUCAUCAAGUCCAGUCGUCGACGCCGCAGGAGAAGGUAUGGGACUGGAAAAGAUGAGGACAGCAGUUGGGCAUACCGGUUGAGGGCUCACAAGUUCGUUCAAGUCUCCUUGUUUCAGAAACCCCUUGUAAAGAUCAAAUUGGUCGACCUAAUGGCUGCGACUAAUAAUUUUGACCCAGAUAACAUUAUCAUCUCCACCAGGGCAGGGACUACCUACAGGGCAGUUCUGCCUGAUGGAUCCGCCCUUGCCAUCAAACGGUUCAACACUUGCAAGCUUAGUGAAAAGCAGUUCCGCUCCGAGAUGAACAGAUUAGGGCAGCUCAGGCAUCCGAAUUUGGUGCCGCUUUUGGGGUUCUGCUUCGUUGAAAAUGAGAAGCUUUUGGUGUAUAAGCAUAUGGAUAAUGGGACUCUCUUCUCUCUGUUGCAUGGCAGUUCUAAAACAAAUAGUCGCUUUAAUUCAUUGGAUUGGCCAACAAGGCUUAAGAUUGGUGUCGGUGCGGCACGGGGUUUGGCUUGGCUUCACCAUGGCUGCCAGCCCGCUUUCCUGCACCAGAACAUUAGCUCUGAUGUGAUCUUCCUUGACGAAGAGCUUGAUGCUCGUAUAAUAGAUUUUGGGCUUGCAAGGCUCAUGAUGAGUUCUGCUGGCUCUAAUGGGAGCACUUUUGUACAGGGACAUUUUGGAGAAUUUGGUUAUGUGGCUCCGGAGAACUCGAGCAACAUGGUUCCUUCAAUGAAAGGAGAUGUUUACGGGUUAGGGGUAGUACUCCUUGAGUUGGUGACUGGGCAGAAGCCUCUUGAAGUCACCAAUGCUGACGAAGGAUUCAAGGGCAAUCUAGUAGAUUGGGUCAAUCAGCUAUCAGCUGCUGGUAGGAUCACGGAUGCUAUUGACAAGUCUCUCGUUGGAGAGGGCCAUGAUGAUGAAAUUCUGCAGUUUUUGAAUGUUGCGUGUGGUUGUGUGGUUUCUAGGCCAAAUGAUAGGUCUUCUAUGGAUCAAGUUUACCAUUCAUUGCGAAAUAUUGGUGAGAGCCAAGAUUUCUCUGAACAGUUUGAUGAAUUUCCACUCAUCUUUGUUAGACAAGACCCUGAUCAUCUGGAGUAGCUUUGGAGACAUAAGACAGGAGAAACAAGAGAUGACUUGUUGUAUUUCUAAAUCUGAGGACUUACGACAUCUAUGCUAGAUUAUGAAAGGCUUAUUACCUGAAUGGUAUGAUUUUCAUUUCCCCUGCUUUUCCUAUUACCAUCCCCAUUUGUUGGAUAAACCUGUAUAAACAAGAAGUUUCUUGUACUGUAACUUUCAACAUUGCUGAAAAAUCUGUUUGUUCUCAUUCUGGCAAAUAAACUCUAUGUAGUGCCUUAAUAUUUAUAAAAUGCCCUUGCUGGAAAUCAUCCUUGAUGAUGAGACCAGGAUUUUUAAUGCACUUCAAGAUUGUUUCAUUCCUUAA